CCCUUUUCACUGCAUCAGUUUUCGUCACUUCUCUGCAAACCCUUUUUUCUCCGACGAUACAACCAAGCUUGACAUCUCAGCCAUGGCUCCCUGAUAUCACGAGAGAAAAUCUGCUUCUCGUUCUCACUUUCCCACAAGAUCAUAAACGAGUAAUCACGCAGCACCUCCUAAUCAAGCGUCGAAGGACAUGGACACUAGAAGAAGAACGCGCUCUUGUUAAAGGUUUAAAAGAUUUAUGUAUUAGAGGUUGGAAAGCUGAUAAUGGAACCUUUAUGAAUGAUAUAUGAUGGAGUUGGAGCAUCAUUUACAGAAAAUCUGCACCACAUAUUAAUUCUAAAUUGAAAGCGUGGAAGAGGGACUAUAGUACUAUAGUUUCAUUGAAAAGUCGAAGUGGAUUGGACUUUCAAUAUGGUGAAGGAAGAAGUAUAGUUGAUGAUCUAACAAAAUGGGACGACAUUGUUAAGGGUUUAUCAAAUUCAACCAAUGGCAUGCGCAUGGUCUCUCUGAGGCGGAUUCAAGACCGAGUUGCACAUAACUGUUAUCUUUGAACCUUUGGCUUUAAACCAGUGGAUAGGGAUUGAUCCUGUAGGUAGAAAUGGAAACAAAAUACGGAAAGGUAUUGGAUAGGAGCCAAAACAUUGUUGUUGACUUGAAGAGAAAACGGGCAGCUCGAUGCGAGACCCAUCUCUCUGGGGCUACUCACAUGAUAUUUCCUGUCCGAACCUCGCUGAACUCAUCCAUCCGCCCUCUUGGAAAACGGAGGAAGCUGAAUGGAUCAAACAGCACGUGUGGUGGUUGUGCGUUUCACCUAAGAAAAUCUCUGCUUAGAUAUUAUCUCAAUUUCAGGAAAAGUGGGCUUCCACAACGUUUGAUGUACUAUCAGAAGGGUCAGUGGACUGAUUUCCCUGAGAACAUUGUUACAAUGGCUAAGAAAGAUCUCCGAAUAAAGAAAUCAGUGACAGAGGUGGAGUUCAAUGGUAAAAUUUUUGUGCUUGAUUUCUUCCAUAUGAUGCGAUUGGACCUGAAGUCAGGUCUGCAGCAACCUAUUGCAUGGAUUGAUGAAGCAGGCAACUGCUUUUUCCCGGAAUUAUUUGCUAAUUGUGAUGAACUGCAUGAGUGUUGUCACAGCGAACACAAGGACUCCAUAGAGGUGGAUUCUGAGACAGAGGGUUCCAAUGAUCUGGAGAUGCAGCUGGAGAUUGAAAUUAAUGGAGCGGACAUGUCAAGUUUGAAGGAAUCUAGUGGAGAGUCCAAUGCUAUUGUUAAGCAAGUUAACUUAUGUCACAAACCUGCAGCAAAAAAUUGCACUGCAGAAGUUGGUGAUAAUUGUGUCAGACUCUCAGAUACGAAAUCCAUGGAUGACUCCACGGAAAAUCAUCAAAUGGUGGAAAAUGCUGCGUGCUGCAAGUGGGAAUAUCUGGACCCAGAUGUUGUGGGUGAGAUGUUUCUCAAGGGUAUCGAUUCACCUUCUGGUGCAAAGAUAUUUGAAUUACAUCGUGUUUCAAGUACUUUCAUGGAAGUUCGAAAGGAACUCUUUCAAAAGCAGGUGGAGAUUACGAAGAAGCAGCGUGGGGGUGCCAGUCUUAGUUAUGCUUGGCUUCCUUCUUCUAAAGGAAUGAUUACGAGUAUUAUGAAGUAUGGGCUUGCUAAUUAUGAUCUAUCGAAAUCCAAGUCCAGAUAUGGCGUUGGUGUUCAUCUUUUCCCUGCUAACUGUACUGAGAUCAGUGCAAAGUAUUGUGAUUAUGACGAAAAUGGUGUACAGCACAUGAUAUUGUGCCGUGUAAUAAUGGGAAACAUGGAACUGGUUUAUCCUGGAUCUAAGCAGUUCCAUCCCAGUAGUGAGGAUUUCGAUAAUGGCGUUGAUAAUCUUGAAAAUCCGAAGUGUUACGUGGUCUGGACUAUGAAUAUGAACACUCAUAUCUUUCCGGAAUAUGUUGUCAGUUUCAAGUUGUCUCCUGAUGCUAAAGGAUAUCUUGUUGGAAACGAGAGCCCAAUUGAUGUCUCUGCUGUCAGUACUUGUUGUAAUCAGGUACCGGCAGAUACACUUCCUACUGACUUGGUUUUGGGACUACUCAGCCUCAUCCAGCAAGCCUUGCUUGAUCCAAAUAGAGGAGAGAGAGUGAAUGACGUGCUAGGAACUGACGGCUAUCAGAAUUCACUGGGGUUGGCCUCAAAAAAGGAUGCAAGGACGCCGAAGUCCCCCUGGAUGCCAUUCCCCAUGUUGUUUGCAGCAAUUUCGAGGAAAGUGCCUCAAGAGGAUAUGAACCUAGUUAGUAGCAAUUAUGAGUUAUUCAAGGACAAGAAGAUAAGUCGGGAUGAAUUUGUCAGAAAGUUGAGGUUGAUCGUAGGGGAUACUUUGUUAAGGUCCACAAUAACGAGUCUUCAAUGCAAGGUACCACCUAAAUCAAUGGAAUUGGUCCGCAUAAAACAAGAGCAGGAGAGUGUCUGCCUGGAGUGAAGGCUUCUGUGUUUGCUUCUAUGAACAGCUGUUUUUUCUUAGCUAUAAAACAAGUGGAUAGAGUAGACGUAGCUGUUGCUUUUUCCUUGAAUGUCGGAUCGCUUAGCCUUGUUCAUCUUCGGCGCAGGAGCGCUCGAUCAGACAUAAUGUAGGUUGUUACUUAUUGUGAAAAUGUGAUAAGCGUUUAGCUUUCACCUAUCCAGAACCUCCAGAGUUCUGGGAUUUGAUAGAUGAAGUGAGCGCUUAAAAACUUGCACAUUUCAGGUUUCUAUCUCCCAUAUAUUUUCGCAAGUGACACUUAUGUGUCAAGUGUGUUGUACAGAGUUCAUACUAAAGUUGCUUGCUUGUACUCUUAAACGGUUGACUAUGCUUGUGUUACCUUGUUUUUCUGCGU